UUGGAGAAUUACUGCAAAAUGAGUAAUACAUCUAAUAUAGUUAUUUUUUCACUGUCUGGCUUCAAUGCCACUGCCAACUACAAAGUCACACUUUUCUCUCUCACUUUACUUAUUUAUUGUCUGAUUGUUGGUGUUAACGUGUCUCUCAUUUUAACCAUAAUAUUGGAUCAAAACUUACACGAACCCAUGUAUGUUUUUAUUUGUAAUCUCUGCAUUAAUGUACUUUAUGGGACUGCAGGCUUUUAUCCAAAAUUUGUCUUUGAUCUUUUGUCUGAUAUUCAAGUAAUAUCAUACGAAGGAUGCUUUUUGCAAGUUUUUGUUAUAUACACCUAUGCAACAAUUGAUUAUUCAGUUUUAGCUCUUAUGGCCUAUGAUAGAUAUGUGGCUAUUUGUCGACCCCUGGAGUAUCACUCUGUAAUGUGUGUGCGAAAGACUGCAGCGUUAAUUGGUUUGUCCUGGCUUAUUCCGAUGUGCUGUGAGGUUUUGGUUAUAACUUUGACAUCUACAUUGAAAUUAUGCGGCUCCAAAAUAGAUAAACUCUACUGCGAGAACUGGUCAAUUGUCAAACUUGCCUGUAGUACAACGAUAGCAAACAACAUUGUUGGAUUGAUAAUUAUUGCUUUCUACUGUGUGCAUGUCCUCUUCAUUGUGUGCUCUUAUGUGAUGUUGGUAAGAUCAGCUUUAAAAUCCAGAGAUGGCAGAAGAAAGUUUACACAGACAUGUGUGCCACAUUUGUUAUGUCUGCUUAAUGUCACUGCUGCUUUGCUUUUUGAUGUCAUGUACUCUAGGUAUGGAUCAGCAUCCGUGCCACAGAGUGUAAAAAACUUCAUGGCCAUACAGUUUCUCAUGAUGCCCCCUGUUCUCAACCCUAUUAUUUAUGGACUGAUUCUGACUAAAAUACGACACAGAAUGGCGACUUUGUGUAUGAUGGCCGGGACCUAUGGAGGCCUAGGAGUCAAGCCUGUAGAGGACGGCCCAGAGUUGGCAAGCGCCUACCACACCCGCCUCAUGAGACGGAGCCCCUAG